UUCAAUCAUUGCCUUGCCUGUCAUAUACUAUCCUUUGAGCUGUGCUUUUUGUGUCUGCGGCUGCAUAUUCUCUCAUACUUGCUACUCAAGCUUGCUUAAUUACUUUGCGCAAUCUCGCAACUAACACACGAGACCAAAUCUCAUUCUCUUUUUUCCACGAUAAGAAACAAAUACACCUUUGUGCUCAAAUCAAGAUGCAGACGGCCUUCUUCUUCGCCCUGCUUUCAACGGCAGUCUCCUUCGCCGCAGCCAGCAUCGUCAUCACGCCGGUGUUUGAGGACCAGAUUGUGCAGAAGCAGCCUGGAGAUUGCUUCUUCGGUGUGGUGACACCUCAGGGAUGCGCACCCCAGAGAGGAUGAGCUGCAAUGCACCCUUUUCGCAGAAUCAACACACAUACACACAUACAACUACGAGGCAUAGUCUCACCCAUGCGUCGAUAUAUACCUACACCCGUCGUUAGGCACGGGCACGAUUUCAAUCCCAGCGUCUUUUUUUUUUAUUAAUAGUGACUUGCUGCCUCGCUGUGCGAAGCUAAAGUCAUAUUUUUGAGAGGCGGAUAAUUACUGCUAUGGCGUUUUAUUGGCGGAAAAAGGACGAAGCAUCACGACAGCGAGUUUCGUUGAUUGCCUAUCCUGGAGUUUUUUUUUUUUUUUGUUUCUUUCUUAUUAUACCGUGAUAUACACAUGUUGAAUCAGUUGCUAUACCUAAGAAUCAAGAGUAUAGAAGGAUCUUGUUGAAAGUAGAUCCAGAUACCCAAUUAUAACAUGUAUGGAUUUCUCACUCAUUUCUAUCGUAUU